AUGAGUACUUUAGAUAUUGCAGAAGACAACAAAAUUAAGAAUGAAGAGUUCAAAAUUUGGAAAAAAUCAAUACCUUCACUAUACCAACAUAUCUCAAGUUUGAAGCCCAUCUUUGGUCCAGAGGUUGACGAAUCUCCAUCUACACUUAGGAGUCUGGUUUUUACUAACGAUAGUUCGUGUGAUAAAUCUAAAGGUGUUUUAAGCGUGCCACUUUUAUAUUCUCAAGGGAGUGAAAUUUUUGAAGUGGAUUGUAUAGUGCCACUCGGACUUCACUACAAAAAAAUUGAAAGCAAUCUAGAACCAUUAGAGCAACCGGAUUAUACCACGGAGUCUCAAAAGGUAGAGCAGACUGUUUUGACUCCAAAAUGGGAAUUUUCCGGUGAAACGAUUGUAAAGAUGAUUUAUGUUGAUAACAGUGAAAUAAAUGUAAAAGUGAUAGCCCUUUCUACCAAUGGUUCUUUGGCGUGGUUCAGAGAGGGGGUUAAACUGCCCGUUUACACAAUGAUGGAGUCGCCCGCUCCUUUAAACACAGCAUCGUCCGGCAAUCAAAACGAUAAACCCUGCGUUGAUUUUGCAAUCUCUAACGAUUCAAAAACAUUAGCAGUAACUAAGGAAAAAAAUCUUGAUGGUGAAAAUGCUACAAUAAAAUUGGUAGAUAACUCAGGUAAGAUAGGAGAAGUACUUCGUACAAUACCUGUUCCCGGCAUAAAAAAUAUUCAAGAAAUUAAGUUUUUAAACAACCAAAUAUUAGCUACUUGUUCCGAUGACGGCAUUAUAAGGUUUUGGGGUAAUGAAACGGGUAAAGAGCCCCUUUGGACGUUGAGCGAUUCUUUGGAUGGCAAAAUGUGUUGUUUUGCUGUAUCACCCUUUGUUGAUACAUUAUUUAUGACCGGAACAAGUGGUGGUGCUCUCAAAGUUUGGGAUAUACGUGCGGUUAUCGCUUCAGCGGAUGCUGGUGCUGAUUCAAAUAUCAAUCAAGAACACAAUAAAGUAAAUGAACUAUUCAAAGUUCAUCAUUUUUAUAGUGAGCAAGUGUCCAAAAUUCAAUUUUCUGCUCUUUCACCCACGGAGGUGGUUACUGUUGGAGGACUUGGUAAUGUUUAUCACUGGAACUUUGAACCAGUUUUUGCUAUUUAUAACGAAAUAAAUGAGGACUUUCAAGGCAUUAUAUCCGACGAAGUGGAGGCGGAAAGCAUGGCUUUUUAUCACACUGGGGGCUGUAGAAGAGAAAUAGGAGAAAAUAAUAAGGUCAAUACUGUUGCUUACCACAGAUACAUUGAAGAUCUGGUUGCUACAGUUGAUAGUGAUGGAUUGAUAACUCUGUAUAAGCCGUUUACGGGAAAAGUCUCAGAUGGCAAGAGACAGCUUGAAACUGCUAAAAAUUAA